AUGCACGGCGCCACUCUUGCCCCCAUGACUCUCAGCUUUCUCCAAAUCGCGAUGGUGGCGGCAGGUCUUCUCUUUCUACGAGCAAUGUUUUCGUCUUUUAGUGAUCCCACCAACGGAGCGCUGAAACUCAUUGAUUUCACGGGUGUCCAAGAAAUUUUGAACGCCCCCUCACCGGAGUAUGUUAUCAUAGAUGUACGGGAGAGGUCCGAGUUCAGGGGCGGCCACAUCCCAAAUGCAGUCAAUAUGCCCUUUUUCGCUUCCCCCGGAGCACUUGGUCUCGAUGAACAGGAGUUUGAGAAGAAGGUAGGCUUCAAGAAACCGAGCUUGGAGCAGAAGUUGCUGUUCUACUGCCGCUCGGGCACCCGAUCAAAGCGGGCUGCCGCCAAAGCUUUCAGCUAUGGCUAUGAGAACGUUUCAAACUACCCGGGAUCUUACCAAGACUGGGUGUCCCAUGGAGGACGCACCGAGAAAUAG